UUCUGCAGUCGCAGGCCAAAUAGAACUCGAGCACACCACGAAUCAGUAGUUGUGUGUAUUUUCAGCAGUGGAAGUGUGUUUAAUACUUGUGCGCUGUAAAAAAAAUAUUUUAAAUUAGUAGAGAUGUCGAAUUUAAAAAAAUUCAGUGACGAGGAUAGUGAAUCCCAAUAUGGACGUGUCUACGCAGUAUCAGGGCCAGUUGUCACUGCUGAAUGUAUGUCUGGUUCUGCUAUGUACGAAUUAGUUCGUGUUGGUUACUAUGAACUCGUGGGUGAAAUUAUUCGCCUAGAGGGUGGCAUGGCCACUAUACAAGUAUAUGAGGAAACAUCUGGUGUAACUGUUGGUGAUCCAGUGUUGCGUACUGGAAAACCAUUAUCCGUCGAGUUAGGUCCUGGCAUUAUGGGGAGUAUAUUUGAUGGUAUACAACGUCCGCUGAAAGACAUCGGUGAACUAACUAGUUCCAUUUACAUACCAAAAGGCGUUAAUAUACCAGCAUUGUCACGUACGCAAAGCUGGGACUUUAAUCCAUUGAAUGUCAGAGUUGGCGCACAUAUUACUGGUGGUGACUUAUAUGGCAUUGUGCAUGAAAACACAUUAGUUAAGCAUCGCAUGAUUGUAAGUCCACGCGCUAAAGGCACUGUACGCUACAUAGCGCCAGCGGGCAAUUAUAAUGUAGAAGAUGUUGUACUGGAAACUGAAUUUGAUGGUGAAAUUACUAAACAUACCAUGUUACAAGUGUGGCCUGUGCGACAACCACGUCCAGUUACCGAAAAAUUACCAGCAAAUCAUCCACUGUUUACCGGGCAACGUGUGCUUGAUUCAUUAUUUCCAUGUGUUCAAGGUGGUACCACUGCUAUACCUGGUGCUUUUGGUUGUGGUAAAACAGUUAUUUCACAAGCUUUGUCAAAGUACUCUAACUCUGAUGUGAUUAUCUACGUCGGUUGUGGUGAACGUGGUAACGAGAUGUCAGAAGUAUUACGAGAUUUUCCUGAGUUGACUUGCGAAAUUGAUGGUGUAGUGGAAUCUAUAAUGAAACGUACUGCACUGGUAGCGAAUACGUCCAACAUGCCUGUGGCUGCUCGUGAAGCAUCUAUUUAUACAGGCAUUACACUUUCUGAGUAUUUUCGUGAUAUGGGCUAUAACGUGGCUAUGAUGGCUGAUUCAACAUCUCGUUGGGCUGAAGCCUUGCGUGAAAUAUCAGGACGUCUUGCUGAAAUGCCUGCUGAUUCUGGUUACCCGGCUUACUUAGGUGCUCGCUUAGCAUCCUUCUAUGAACGUGCUGGUCGUGUUAAAUGUUUGGGUAACCCUGAGCGUGAGGGUUCAGUAUCAAUAGUCGGCGCUGUAUCUCCACCUGGUGGUGAUUUUUCAGAUCCUGUUACCUCAGCUACUUUGGGUAUUGUGCAAGUAUUUUGGGGCUUGGAUAAAAAGUUGGCGCAACGUAAACAUUUUCCUUCAAUCAACUGGUUGAUAUCAUAUUCAAAAUAUAUGCGCGCACUGGAUGAAUAUUAUGACAAGAACUUCCCCGAGUUUGUACCUUUACGUACUAAAGUUAAGGAAAUCUUGCAAGAAGAAGAAGAUUUGUCAGAAAUUGUACAACUAGUUGGCAAGGCUUCGUUAGCGGAAACAGAUAAAAUCACAUUAGAAGUUGCAAAAUUGUUGAAAGAUGACUUUUUGCAACAAAAUUCAUAUUCGCCUUAUGACCGAGUCUGCCCAUUUUACAAGACUGUGGGUAUGCUGCGUAACAUAAUGUCAUUUUACGAAUUAGCGCGCCAUGCUGUUGAAUCCACUGCCCAAUCCGACAACAAGAUCACAUGGAAUGUUAUACGUGACGCUAUGGGUAACAUUCUAUAUCAGUUGUCGUCCAUGAAGUUUAAGGAUCCCGUUAAAGACGGUGAGACUAAAAUUAAGGCAGACUAUGAUCAGUUACAUGAAGACCUACAACAAGCCUUCAGGAACUUGGAAGAUUAAAUAACAUUUAAAUUUUAUGCUUUAAUAUUACAUAGAAAAUUAAUAUUAUUUUAAACAAACUGUUAAAGC